UUUUUAGGCACUACAAGACAGCCCACUAACCAUGGGGGACCAUGGCCGCAGAAAUGCAAAGAAGCCCCCAGAUACUAGCCAGGACACACCCUUAAUGACUCUCUUUCGUGUGUACUCUAAAGCCCUGGAUGAGAAGAAUGACAAAUAUGAACGUAUUUACAAGACCAGCCGUGAUGUGACAGUACGCAGUAAGAGGGUCAUCUUCUCCCUUCAGAGAAUACCUGGACUGAGUGAAGAGGAGAAGGAAGCAUUGAUGGUAUCAGCUACAAAUGAACUGCAUGACAUUGAGCGUACACUCCUAAAGCAUAUUGCCAUGGAACUUAGGGAUGAGGAGCCACACCAGUUUGUUAAUGCUUUCACUUCAGGUAUCCAAGAGUACAUUGAGGCUGUGUCCUUUCACCACUUUCUACUGACGGGGACAAUUAUCAGCCAUGAGGAAGUGCAACGUCGUGUAACCUUUGGGAACCAGGAGGAAGACCAGACGGACUUAGUUCCCCUCAGUGUGCUUGUCCAGCCUAAGGAAUACAUCUUGGGAAUUGCUGAUCUCACAGGGGAGCUUAUGAGGUUCUGCAUCAAGAGUGUGAGCACAGGAGACUUUGAGAAAUGCUACAAGAUCUGCGAGGUCCUCAAAAAGAUGCAUGGUGGCUUCCUUUCUCUUGGUUACAUCCCAGCCAAGGAUCUCUACAAUAAGGUCACUGUUUUUAGGUCAAGUCUGCACAAGGUGGAAGAAGCAUGCUACUCACUGCAGCUGCGGAAGUCAGAGGUGCCAGCGGAAAUGCUGGGUGACCUCUUUGCUCUCUAUGAUGCAGAUGACCACAGCACAGGAUUUAUGUAAUAUACUGAAGCAGCUGGAUCUUUGUCUUUUCUUCCAUGUGCACACAAGAUUUUUGGAUAAGCUUCCACAGAAACUGAUUUGAAUUAAAGAACAUAAAAAAUAUGUGACACACUUUGUGGCUUUAUUUUUGAUGCGAGAGAUUACAAACUAAAUUGACCUUUAUUUAAGGUCUUUGUAUGUAGUUAACCUUGUUUUUAAAUAUUUAUAGAUGUGAUAUGAUGUCAUUGCUUUUUCUUUGUACUUAAUGAUAUUGUAUCCCAUAUGAGUACAAUUUAUUUUAUUGAUAGUCAAGUAAGUUUAGGAAAGAGAAGAAAUUCAGUCAUUCUAUAGAUUAUUAUUUUAUCUUGUUGACAUCAAAUAAUCAAAUCUGUGAUCCUUGUAUUUCAUAUUUUAUUUCUGAAGCAAAUUAUAGUGGUUCUGACAGCACUUUUUAUCUUGCUAAUAUUGUCUAGUUUUGCAAGUCCAUAGCCAAACAGUUUUCCUUCUGUAAUUUUAGUUCAGUAUAAUAAUUUAAGAACUCCAGAAUGUAAACUUUUAUUACAGUAAUAAUAAAUUAAUAUAUUGAUAGCAACUCUGGUCUUGUCAGUUCCAUAAUCAUGCUUAUUUAGGAACCUGUCUUCUCUCCUACCGAAAUAUAGUGAAAUUAGUACAAUUAGGGUAUGAUAAAGGUAUGUAGAGACAUUUAUAACUAAUUUAAUAUCAGACAAGGUUGAUAGAAUAAUUUUAUCAGUAUAUGACACCUGAAUAAAAAGCAAAUUGUUCUA